AUGGAGCCUACAGCCACCAGCUACGGCAAGAAGCUCGUCCUCGUCAUCGGGGCCACGGGAGCCCAGGGUCUAGCAGUCAUUGACAAGCUACUCGAGCCCAGUGCGGAUGGUACACCGUCACCGUACGCCGUCCGUGCUUUCACGCGAGACCUCAACAGUAGGCGAGCGCAGGAGCUCACCAACCGAGGUAUACAGUGCGUAAAAGGGGCAUUCGACGACUUGCAGUCCGUCGCACAGGCUCUCGAAGGCGUGUACGGCGCGUGGGUCAACACGGACGGGUUCACGGUGGGAGAAGAGAAGGAAGUAUGGGCUGGACUCAGGAUCUUCGAGCUCGCGAAGCAAAAUGGUGCCGUCAGACACUACGUUUGGAGCAGCUUGGAUUAUGCGUUCAGGAUCGGCAACUACGACCCCAAAUAUCGUUGCGAGCACUACGACGGCAAGGCCCGUGUUGCGGACUGGAUGCGUUCGCAACCGUCGGACAUCGGUGUCGAUGGCAUGUCGUGGAGCAUCGUCACCUCCGGACCGUACAUGGACAUGCUAUGCAACAUGAUGUUCGGACCGCUACAACGGCGAGAAGACGGGACGGCCGUGUUCGCGACACCGGUGGGAAACGGACAUGUGCCCAUGAUCGCACUUGCGGACCUCGGAUUCUUUGCGCGAUAUACGUUCGAUCACCGCCAAGAGACGUCAGGCGUCGAGAUGAAGAUUGCCAGCGACGUUGUGGGGUGGGACUACCUCGCACGAACUUUCGAGAAGGUGACGGGACAGAGGGCAGAGGUGAUAUACCAGACUCUGGACGAAUGGUACGAGAACUUCGAGGGCGUGGAUGACCCCGUGGCUAACGAACGCGACAACGACGGAUCGACUACGUGGCGGGAGAACUUCUCGGGAUGGUGGGCAUUGUGGCGAGAUGAUAUGGUCCGGAGGGACAUGGCAUGGGUAAGGAGCGUGCAUCCGAACUGUCACACGCUGGAAAGCUGGAUGCGGGAAUUCUCCUAUACGGGCAGUUUGCAACGACAACUUUUGAAGAACACGGAGGAUGGGAAAACGAUCAAGCCGAGGUGGUCUGUCAUACAGCGCCUGUGA